AUGAACAUGAACAUGGACGAGGAUGCGGUGCUCUGUGUUUUAUCAGAUCCAGUUGCGGACGGGGGUAUGUUUGAAAAUAUCCGAGAGAUACGUGGCUGGUACGCUUUUGAACAGCGCAAGCACGUCAGAAGUGACCUUUGGGAUCGGGUGGUUCACCUGUCGACAUCAAAAGACGGUGUCUUCAAUGCCGGGAAUGGCGCCGUCAUCCACAGGAGUCGACUGAGGAGCCGACCAGGCUGGAUGCGGGAAACGUUAUUAAAUGACAACGGGAAAAUAUGUUACAUGGAUGCACCUACAGCGCUACUCCAUGGGAAUUCAUCCCCUCCUUCGCCAGUCCCACCCGCCAUCGUCAAGUCCACCGAGACCCCUCUGCCGAAGUCGCUGAAGCGCCGUUCGACCCUAUCGCGGGUGACGCUAUGGAAUAUGUUCCCUGCGAACAACCACGUCGUGCUUCGGUGUCCUCCGACUGGGACUUCCGACGACGCCGGGGGCGGCUUGCGAUUCCAUUGCACAGAACUUGAGAGACCACAGCGACCGUUCCACAGUAAACCCAUUUACGCUGGUAAUGACACCGUAGGCCGCAAAUUUCACUCGGACGGCAUCCUCGUUCACUUCAAACGGCACGAUGCAAACAUAAAUUGUUGGACGGCGCUUGCUCCGGCGGCGGGUCUCGGAGCCGCAGUAGGGGAAAAAGGCUCUGCGUACGAACUAGCGUCUCGCUCCUCCACAUCCCUUAUGGACUGUGGCCACAUCCUCCGCUGUGUACUUCUUUGGACGGCCGAGGGUGUUUUUGAGCGGUGCCGGUUGCUUGAUUUCGCUCUACUGUCAGCUGGACCUUACCAAAGGAAAGUCAGCCAAAUACCUCCCGCGGAAUCUGGCACCACAUGUCCGGCAUCCUCGAAAAACCUCACGUCACAGACAUAUCCGCCAUAUCCACCGCGGCGUGCAGCACAUUUUUCAUACCGCGGGGUGGCUUUCCACGGAGAAAAUGACAGGCUCCAAUCUCCGCCCAAGACUGACAGCAUUCUGUACAACUCCAAACAAAUUUAUUUCUUUCCUCGUUCCCAGGAAGUCGGUGAAGGGACUUACACACAUACAUACAAUAAGUGUAUUGCUUCGAAUACUGUCGAAUGGAUCUGUAACGUUGACAGAGCCCGCGAGCCAGAACCUUGGGAAUGGCACCUUUUACCGAGAUAUCCAUCUUCGCAGUGGGAUGGGUUGCGCUUUGACAUGAAUAAGAGAACAUGGAGAAUUUUAAAACAGCGUCAGACGAGCAGACCAUCUCGUACUCACUGGCAGGCAGGCAUGUGGCCUCGUCAUGAGUUUCGAGGCGAAGCGCAGGCGAAAAUAGGAGGAGUCGAGACUGUGCGCGAGGAGCGAGUCAAGAUGGCGGUGCUUUUGGGUAAGCCGUCUUUUGUGUGGGAGGGUAUCCGACGAGACCAGAUGAUGAGAGGGAUUGGGAUCUCGCAUAUCCCUGCGAUGCGCAAGUACCUGAUGAAUCUGCGCGAUGCGAGCGAGCACUGGGAGGUCAUCCAGGUCGAGCGGCUGGCAUGGGGAUGCCUCUUGCGGAUGCGAACCGGGGGUAUACGUACGUGCAGUGGCAGCUACAGUACACGGUAGGAGGAGAGCCACGCCCGAGGGAUUUCCGGGGCACAAAUUGUUUCUGUGCGUGCUUUGGGCGUGUGUGGAAUCAAAUAAAUAAU